CAGGGAGAGAAAGAUAUUUGUUCAGAACUAAUCAAAAAAGUCGAUCAAGUAAGAGUUAGAGAGAGGAAUAGAAAUUUAGUUCUAUGUUCUGGCAGUUGGUGAAGGCAGCUUCAUUUUGUAUUGAGGAAGCAUCAGAGGGAGAUUAAGGCAAGUUGCUCCUGGUUCCUGUACAAAUCUAAACAUGCGGCAUUUGGUGCCCAUACUGACAAUUGGGCUGCUAUUGCCCUCCUUUGCUUCUGGAAAAUUUGAUGCUGAAUUUGGAAAGAAAUGCCUUCAGAAGAUGGGAAAUACAUUUGACACCAUGUGUGCCCGUUUCUCUACAAACUGGUUUGUUGUCGAUCACCGCACACCUCUUGCCAAGGAAUUCCCGCCCAUCCAGCUGAAACUAUCUUCACAAAUAAAAGGCAUAGAUACGGUCCCAUGGGAUGAUAUGGAUAUGACAGCCACCAGGUUUGGUGCAAUGGUUCGCAGAGCCAGAACAGACAGCUCCGAGGAGGCACCUGCCUACGAUGACUCUCAGGAAUUACCUGCGGAUGAUGAUUACAAUGAGCGAGAUGUGAGGGAGAUUCCUGAUGCGAAUGCAUUUGAUAGUCAACCGCCAUUUUAUGAUGACAAAGUUGAGAGUGACGAGGCGACAAAUUUAGUUAAUAAAUAUGUUUUUGAGGUUAUAUAUAACGCCAUAAUGCAAGAUCAACCUCCAAAAAAAAAUCUAAGAAAUCGGACUGGAAAACAAAUUUCAAUUUUACAUAGAUGUUGCUCUGAAAAGUGUAGCAAACAGGAUAUGAUUAAUUUCUGCAGAUAAUAAUAAAUAGAAAUGACUGCAAAUCUGCAUUUAAGAAAUAUUGUUAAUAUUGAAAAGCCAGAGGUUAAAGCAAAGUAGUACAUUUUCUUUAGAAUUAAGCUCAGUUGAUUAGCCCUCUUAAUCUUCCAGUAGCCUUUUUUGAAAGUUGGAUACAGAAGUCUGCAAACUUUCCAAGAAUUUCUUUCACAUAUUUUGGAAAUCUGGUACCAUUUGACAAAUGAAAUUCUCUCACAAAGUACUGACAGGGAUGGUUAUAUUUUGGGAGUGCAGUGCAGGUUAAUCAAAUGUAGUCUGUAGUCUGCUUUGAAAAGUGUUAGUGUGUGAUCUCUUUGAACCACUUGUAAUGUCUAUGUUAUUCUGAAUUUCUCAAACAAUCAAUUAAAAUACGAAUUGAAGUA